AUGCGGCUCGCUGUCUACGGCGCUACCAGUGCCGUUCUCGGCGCUGGAGUAAUCCUUAGCGCCUUCAACCAUCGUGCAAACUUCUACUCUGCUUGCGUUCACUUGGGACAAUCCAAUGCCUGCCUCAUGGUUUUGACAAAUCUUUUGCUACUAUUAUCUAUUCUCUUCGGUCAUGGUCUACAGCUUGUCUUUUACGGACCUUUACGUGCUCCGGAGAUUGAACGACUUUACGAAAAGGCGUGGUAUGCUGUUACGGAAACAUGUUUGGCCAUGACGAUCUUCCGGGAUGAAUUCGAUGUACGAUUUAUCGUGAUGUUUGGGGUUCUGCUUUUUAUCAAGUGCUUCAGUUGGAUUGGGGGCGGUCGGGUUGAAUUCAUGGAAACCCAACCCCCGGCAAACCCUACGCUGUUCCAUAUACGCUUGUCUUCCUCACUCAUCCUUCUACUUUCGGCUUGUGGGGCGAUGCUCUGGCAUUCUGUCCUUUCGGUAUUGGAGCGGGGCCGUCCCAACAUGAUGGUUAUGUUUGCUUUCGAAUUUGCGAUUUUGUUGAUUACCUCGUUGGGCAUUGCUGGAAGAUAUGUCUUGAAUGUGGAUGAGGAGGAGAUUGAUGUCGGCGGAUGGGAGGAAAAGGGCACUUGGGUCUUUUAUCUGGAGUUGACCACAGACCUAUUGAAACUCGCUACCUACCUGUGCUUCUUCGCCAUCGUUCUCACCUGGUAUGGUUUGCCCCUACACAUCAUCCGAGACGUCUACCUCACGCUUCGAUCCUUUAUCACUCGUAUCCGGGAUUUUAUUCGGUACCGCAGGGCGACAGCGCAUAUGAAUUCACGAUACCCAGAUGCUAGUUCUGAGGAAGUGGAGCGGGAGGGCGUUUGUAUUAUCUGCAGGGAAGAGAUGCGCGCUUGGAUGGCAGGGGCAGAGAAUGAGGGAGGGAGAGCUGCUGGGACUCAAGAUCAGCGGUCUAGGCCCAAACGGCUUCCCUGUGGCCAUGUGCUACACUUCUCUUGCUUGCGUAGUUGGUUGGAGAGGCAGCAACGGUGCCCCACAUGUCGUCGGCCAGUUCUCGACGAGCCUACUCCCAACGGUCCUGGCGGUAAUAAUGCGGCGAACGCUGCUCCUCCAGGACCGCCUGGGAUUAACUUUCAGGCUGGGGGAGAUGGAUUAGGUUUCAGAGCGGAGAUCGCAUUUGGGGUAGGCGGACCCGGCCUUGUGCAAAACUUAAUGGACGGGAUGAAUGCACCACCGGUUCCACAGGCGAAUCGAAAUGUCCAUCGACCUCAAGAACCAAAUGGCGAUAUUGCACGUGCAAUGUUAGGCGCCACUGGGAAUAUGCGGGCAGAUAUUGACCAUCAUAUAGCGAGAACUCGACAACUCCUUGAUCGCGAAUUAGCUAUGAUCGAUAUUACGCAGAGGCAGCUCAGGCAAUUGCAAGAGUUGCAGAUACAUGCUCAGGCCGCUGCGGGAGGUGCCCAGGCAGCCUUGGAUGCUACCGCUAGACCCGUGGAUCCUGCUAUCCCAUCUCAACCGGAAGCUAGAGCGCAAAACACUCCGAACCCAUCAGCGAAUAUUGGGGCUCAUGGGGACCGUCUUUCCACUACUAGUAACCAGAGCGCCGUCAACUCUACCCUCCCCAUGGCUAGUCCUCCAGUCCAUAGUGACAUUCAAUCCAAUCCCACUACUCUCUCAGGGAAUCCUCUACUACCCUCUGGCAUGACAGUUCCACCCGGAUGGACUGUCGUUCCUUUGGCUGUUCCGGGAGCUGAUCCGCCUCCUAGCAUGCCCAACACCACCACAAACGGUGGGGGCGUCCCCCUUCUCCGACGACGUGAGCAGCGGACGUAUCAGGAGUGGAUGAGAGCCUACCAUGCCCGUAUGACACCGUUAGCUGAAAGCACAGAGCGCGAGGGGGAACUGAGACCAGUUCGUCCGCCGAUCAGUAGGGCCAUGCCUACCCCUAGCGACCUCAUCAUACCCCCAAACAAUGCGCCCAGCACAUUCUCCGUUCCUACCAUCCCUGAUGAUAUAUCUGCCCGUCUCACAAGAACACAAAUAGCGAACCUAAGGCCUAGGGUUCGCGAGAGCGUUGCAGUUAUUAGCCAUUUUGUUCAAUAUCAUGUGGAUGCGGAUAGACUUGGUCUCGCAUUGGAGAUACUCUAUGGUUUGCCAGAACAAUUUAGGCAGGAUAUACUUGAUGGGUGGCCAGAUCGGGAAAUGGCACAUGUUCUAAGUGCUGGUGGGGAAACCUUGCCUCCUCCCGCCUCUGGACGAUUCAAUCUCGCCGCCUAUCACGUCUCAGUCCUCGCCAUGCAGUUUUCAUUUGAGAGCAGGAUCCUCCUACUCCUCGGCAUCCCGAAGACUCCCUUCAGAGACUGCCUCGUCCGCUACUUUCAAGACCCCCAAAUCAACAGCGAGCUCGAGAAACUGGAUAUUGCAAUAUCUGACUUGGACCGACCACUUCCAAAUGUAUCGUCACUACUCGAGAGCAUAUCAGACUGGACAGAAAUCCCCAGUCUUUCCGGGAGUAGUGACAAAGAUGCGACUGAAAAGGCUGAGAAGGAAACUAGAGAUAUCGCCAAUAAGCGGAUCCAGGUGCUCAACGAUAUCAGCCGCGCUAUGCGUACUGCCGCGAACAGGUUGGAGCAAGCUCAUCGGCCGUCGUCAGCACACAUCGUCGGCCGGUUCAAUCCCAAUAAUGAGCUGUCAUUAUUCGGCCAGCGCAGCAUUUUUGACUCAUCAGCACAAUCCCAUGUCCUGGAUUCGUUCGAAAAGGACAUUAUUGCGGAGGAGCAGUUAUGGUUGGAAAAACAACAUGCGGUAGAGGGACUGUUGUCGACCAUUGGCGAAUCCUCGAAUGUAGGGUUAGAGAAGGGCAAAGGAAGGGCCACAGUUGAGGACGGGGAGGAGUAGGUUGGAGCUGUGUACCAUAGCUUUUUUUUCUUUCUGUUACCAUUUAUUGAGAUUACAGCCCUCCUUCCCUGCUUUUCUUGUUUUAACCUGUUUACCCCCUUUUUCGAUCAGCUGAGUUUCGGUGGAGUGGCUGGCGACGUAUCUUUUUAUGAUUUGAUUCCUUUUUAAAAUUUGUUUCCGUGUGGGCUGGGUGGCAAAUUCUGGGGGAUUGCGUCAGCCGCUGUUCCAUUGUUGUAAGGAGGGAUUGCACUUUUUUCAACAUGCGAGUGAUUGACUGUGAGGCUGGAGAGGUUUGUGUCUCGUCUUCCAUUCUCCAAACGAGCACAGGGAUAGGAAAUCAUAUUCCUUGUGAUCAGAGCUCUACUCUGAACCCAUAGAACUCGUAAGAUUAGGGCGAAGCCCUAUUAAUGCCAAUUGGAUUUUGAAC